AUGAGUCUAGAUACAUUCCCACGCUUCGCAGAGCUUCCCACUGAGCUCCGCGACAUGAUCUGGGAGUACGCCCUCCCCACCGGGCCAAUCGGACCCCUUCUGUUCUUCUACAAGCCAGGGCCCUGGAGCUCUCCGCGGAUCCACGAUCAUAAAUGGGAAAUGGACGACUAUGAUUUCGCGAGGAUGUUCUUUGAUUCGAUCGAAAUCUCCGUGCCACUUUUCUUUGUCAAUCGCCAAGCUCGCAGUAGAGCCAGGCGAUGGAUGCGCGAAUACGAGGUGUACGUGCGCUACUACCCAGAUACAAAUUCCAUUGUGACCGUUCGCCUCUUCCACAGAGCCGUCGACAUCCUCUACGUACCACUGGAAAACUGGGAUGACUUCCUGGAUGAAUGCUAUUCCUUGCUAGAAGAGAGUCCGCAGAGUCUUUGGUUGACCGGAAUCAGAACUGGAGUCACGCGCGUGGCUAUUCCAAUGGACGUCCUCGAAAAUAAAUAA